AUGGCGGGGGAGGGAAGGCCGGACGCGCAGCUCUUCCAGCUCCUCACCGACCUUCUGCAGGAGGUGGAGUCAAUGAGCAACCAGGAAGAGGUAGAAUUGAGAGCAAAGAUUGAAGCGCUGGGCCUAGAAGUCACUAAGGUUCCAGAGAAGGCACCUAAGCAACUUGAUGAGUUAGAAAUAGCUGCAGAGCUGGACAGGCUGUCGGCAAGGCUCGAUAAUGUCGACAAGAUGAUAUCAUCUGCCAUGACAUCUGACCCCGAGGUGAAAUCGCUUCUGAGCAGCACCGCCGAUGUCUGGAUGCCCGUCAUCACCGCGUCUGCUGAUGAAAGGCGAGGGUUUGCGGAAACAAGUGGCAACAAGGGAGAGCAAGAGAAAUCUAAGUAA